UUAAGUCUCCUGCCUCGGAAAAGUGACUUCCUUGGGGUUCUUUUUCUUGACAUUCUCGCCUUUUCCCGCGGUGGGAAUCCGAGCGAGCCGGGGCCUUCUUCGGAGCCGAUCCCAGCCAGCCGGGCAAGACCCAUCCCACGCCGAGUUUCCUCCGGGGAUCUCCACGCACCCUGCUCGGCAUCCUGAGUCAAACCAUGGAGCCAGCCUUCGGCGAGGUCAACCAGCUCGGCGGGGUCUUCGUCAAUGGCCGCCCUUUGCCCAACGCCAUCCGGCUUCGGAUAGUGGAACUAGCUCAGCUGGGCAUCCGACCGUGCGACAUCAGCCGGCAGCUGCGCGUCUCCCAUGGCUGCGUCAGCAAGAUCCUGGCGCGCUACAACGAGACCGGCUCCAUCUUACCCGGGGCCAUCGGAGGUAGCAAGCCGCGGGUCACCACGCCAACAGUAGUGAAGCACAUUCGGACUUACAAACAAAGGGAUCCGGGCAUUUUUGCUUGGGAGAUCCGGGACCGGCUGCUGGCCGACGGCGUGUGCGACAAGUACAACGUGCCCUCUGUCAGUUCCAUUAGCCGGAUUCUGCGCAACAAGAUUGGAAACCUUUCUCAGCAGAAUCACUACGAGGCUUACAAGCAGCACCAGGCAGCUCCGCAGCCGGCCCUGCCUUACAACCACAUCUACUCUUAUCCCAGCCCCAUAGCUGCAGCAGGUGCCAAGGUGCCUACCCCACCUGGCGUGCCAACGAUCCACAGCGCCGUCCAUAUGCCUCGGACCUGGCCCUCCUCUCAUUCCGUCACUGACAUCUUGGGAAUUAGGUCCAUAACAGAUCAAGUGAGCGACAGCUCGCCCUAUCACAGCCCCAAGGUGGAAGAGUGGAGCAGCCUGAGCAGAAGCGGCUUCACGGCCCAGCACGUUGCGGUGAACGGGCUGGACAAGGGCUCCCUCGAGCACGAGACCAAGUACAGCCAGGCACCAAGCUGCCUUCCAACUGUCGGAAGCUUUGUCUCUGCACCAACAAUGGCACCUUAUCCCGCAGCAGCCCAGGUGUCCCCUUAUAUGGCGUACAGUGCUGCUCCUUCUGGUUACGUAGGUAGUCAUGGCUGGCAGCAUGCUGGGGGCACCCCUCUUUCACCCCACAACUGUGAUAUUCCAGCUUCCCUGGCUUUCAAGGGCAUGCAAGCAGCCAGAGAAGGUAGUCACUCCAUCACCGCCUCUGCACUCUGAUAUUGGAAAUGCGGCAGAACCUCUGGCCCGGUCCGAUCCAGCUCAGUGUUCUUUCUUUUGUCCCUAUCAUUCUUCUUCACAGACUGACUCAAUGAGCUGGAACUAUUUUUCCAUGAUUUUGUGCUUAAAAAACCAAAUAAUAAUUGUGGUUUGGUAAGUGUAAAUAACAUAAGGAAGGGAUAAAUGUGUUGUCUCCCUUUGCACUGCAUAAAGAAGAUUUGACAACCCUCAGAGGGCUUGUGUGACUGUUUCAUUGGUAAAACCACACAUAUUUAUUUUAAAGCUACAGGACUUUUUCAAAUGUGCAAUUGUUUCAUAUUUGUGAGAAACCAUUCAAAGAAACCCAAUAGAUCAACAAAUGCAAUCAAAUAGAAAUUGACUUCUGGACCAACAAAUAGUUCUUGUGGAAAAAAGUAUGGACAGAUGAAUAGUCGUUGUGGCUAACAGCUUGUGUUUUAUAGCAACAAAUUAUAGAACCAAAUGAAUACAUGGCUCUGUUAUUUAUCCUGUAUUUUGUUGUGAUCACAAAGACAAUGAUGUUUUUGUUUUCUCUUUGUAAAUAUGGACUUGGUUAUCAUCUACAUUUCCACUCGUCAACUGACUUCUGUUUUUCCUUUUGUUGUUAAGUGGUGACAUGGUAGACAUGCUUUUCCCACUUUAGCAUCCUUCAAUAGUGUUAGGAUUGCAAUUCCAGAACAUUCAGUGGGAAUUCCAUGAAUUGCAUUCCCAAUUCACCCAGAGUUUGCCAAAAUGGGAAAGGAUUUCCAAGCAAUUUGCUGUUUCUCUUCUUGGUGAUGUCAUUUGCCUUAAUGGUUCAAGUUUUGAUAAUUCUAUGUUUGCAGCAUAGUAUGAAAGCUCCUGAAAGCACUUGGAUUUAAUGAAAAGCAUUUGGUUUUUUUCCAGCAAAGAACCUAAAAUGAGUACAAGUAGUCCUCAUUUAGUGACCACAAUUGGGACUGGCAACUGGGUUCUUAGGUGAAGUGGUUGCUAAAUGAAAUUGCAGCUGUGCUUAUGAUCAACUUUCCUUUGCUUUACAGAUCUGCAAAAGUUAUAAAUGUGAGGAUUGGUUGAAAAGUUAGCUUUUUUUAUCACCGUCGUAACAGUGAACAGUUCUAAACAAGGCAGUUGCUAAAUGAGGACUACCUAUAACUCUAUAUUCCUAAUGGGUUGAAUUCAGAAAGUUUCUCUCACUCUUUCACAAAUGGAAGAAUGCCUUUUGUUUGUGGAAGACACUAGUGUUCAAUGAAAACUGCUGCUAAAAAUAAUAAUAAAAUGUAAUAAAUAAAAAUAAGCAACACAAAUUAUGCCACAGUAACCUAUUCUAUUCUCUUCAGUAGAGUCUCCCAGCAUUUGGCACAACCUUUCAAGAGAUACAAUAAAUUAUAGGAGGAGGUAGAAUCAGCAAAGUUAAUGUUCCCUUUUUUCUUCUGCAGAAGCAUCCUUUGAGCAACAUUUACUUACUAGUAUAUCAAUCCAUUUAUUUCAGUGGCAAAUGAUUGCUUUUUCUGGAUAUACUGUAUAGAGAAAAUAUUUUCCAUAUGGUAUUUAAUCACCUACCUUCAUAAUACCGUAGCAUCACUGACAUGAAAGAGACACAGAUGGGAAAAAAUUAAACAAAAUGGAAAGUUAUCCCGUCUCUUUAAUGUGAAAUUGUGGGCGGAGAUUGUGGCCAAUAAUCCAAUCCAUAAUAAGAGUUUUACCUCCAAUAUUCCUUUUACUGGGUGCUUGGGCAGAAAGUGGGUGAAUUAUGAUGCAAGUAACCACUGUGAAAGCAAAUUGUACUGUAAUUUCUUUGCUUCGCUGAGUUCAGUAAUUCUAGCCCCAGCCUCCCAAGUUAUGUUGCCAUUUUGAAAAGUAAAAGAAGAAAAAAUGUCUACAAUUCCUGUUUUAUUGAAUGUAAAACAAAACUAGGCUUUUGGUAAAGUUUACAUUAUUGUACAUAAGCAUGUUUCAUUCAUAGACAUAUUGGUGGUGGUACUACAGAUAUUAUUUAUAAUGUUAACAAUAUUCAUCUUUUUCAUUGCUGUAUCCUUUAUCAAGCAUCAUUUCAUGGUCACUUGGAUUCCAAUUGCUCUCUUAUAUUUUUUUUCCAGUAUAAUCUUUUCAAGAUGGUCUGUUCUCCUUGGACAAUAAUAAAGUUGUGAAUAUAGUUUUGGAAAGCCUGCUCAAGCUUGCCAUUGUGUGUUGAAGAUAACCAUAAGAAGGAAAGAUUUGAAAAUCGACAUAUCUCCUAGCAUGAUUAAAUAUUAAUAUAUUAUGUACUUUUGUAAGUCUAGUGCAAUAAUGUAAAAAAAACAUGUUGCUCAAUACAGAUUUUGAAAGACUGCUUAAUAAAACUAUCUACAUUUCUUCCUGGCCAUAUUACACAUAAGCAUACUGCUGGGAGAAUAAGAUAAGAUCUUGUCUCUUUUCUGAGAAUAUCAUGUUUUUAUUUUAAAAAAGUCAACCGAGCUCGAUCUCUAAGGCAAUUCAAGGGAAAUAAUGUGUGAUGUCAUAUUGAGGCUUCCUGUAAAAUGUUCCAAAAUAUUUUCAUUUUGCAAUCAUUUAAUCGUAGAUUGAAAAGAGAAUAUUUAUAAACUGUAAUUGGUGUCAGUAGACUGUUUUCAGGCUCCUAUUUUGUUUUUAAGUACUGCUAGAACCAGUUGACCAGAAAGUAAGUGCAGCUUAUUUGUAAGGCCCGAAGGAAAUGCAUUCGCUUGUAAUACAUGGUGCCCUUUUGUGGAAUCCUUAAUCAAUUAAAAGUACUGUUACUCUGAGGCUCACCAAUCCCUUCAGCUACAGACUUCAGAAGAAUACUUGUUUUCAUUGGUUCUCUGGAGUUCAAUGGCUAUGGAGAUUCUCAGUCAUCCAGGUCUUGAUUGUCUCAAAGGUGCUUUUGCAAGA